GCCGCUGAAUGACGCCAGUUCCGGCGGAAGUAGAAGGCUUAGUAACAAUGUCGGAGAUGGAGCUGGAUCCGUGUGGAGAUUUGGGGGACAGCAAUGGGCCUAGGAGUUACAACAGCCUGGAGAAUCAGGGACACUACGUCCUCAGCAGCCUGGCUGAGGUGGUGGAGAGAGUGAUGAGCUUCCUGCCCAGCAAAACCUUGCUGAGAGCGGCCUGUGUUUGCAGACUGUGGAGGGUUUGUGCUUGUCGAAAGCUAAAAGCAAGGCAAAAAAUAACGUGGAUAUCCUCCAUAGGAGCAGGAAGCACUGAUUUGAAUGGUCAUUCUCUGGUCCAUGCUGUUACAGAAGAACUUGAGAAAAUAUAUAUUAUUCCAGAAAUGUUUCUGUACUUCACAGACUUUGAGUCACUUAAUGACCAUGGGGCACACGGUGGACCAAAGAAAGCAAAAAAGAAACAUGGUUCGGAAUUGGCAACCGCCUUGGAGAAGCUUCUACCUAGUGAAUGUCAAAUUGUUGGACUCGCUACACCAGGAAUUGUAGUUACUCCCAUAGGAUCCACAAAUAAUCAGCCAGUGGAGAUGGAAGAUGGAGAGUCUGGCUUUGCACUUCUGUUCCCCAAAAUCACUGGAGUUAAAAUCCAAAAAUUUCAGUUCUUUAAAGACUCCAAGUGUAAAGUGUUUGAUGAGAGCAAACUUGAAGAGGCUGGUCUUAAAAAUAAUCCAGACCUACGUGUGGUCCUGAUCUUUGGAUACAACACAUGGAGACAUGGAGCAACUCGCUUCUUACAUCAAGUCUUAAACCCUCUAAAUGAGAAAAGUAUCAUCAUUGCCGGAGGCCAGGUUGAGUACCUUGCAUCAUUUUCCUCACAGACAAAUACUCAGGGAACAGACUGUAUUGGUGUUGUUGGCCUGGCACUGAGUGGACAGCAAAUCCAAGGAGCCACAGUUCUACUGGACCAAGAUGUCUAUGAUGAAAAGACUGUAGACUCUGCUAUGCAGCGCCUGAAAGCAGCCAAUAUACCCACAGAAAACAGUGUGGGGCUUAUGUUUGCAUGUGUUGGCCGAGGAGAGCAGCACUUCAAGAAGAAAAAUGUUGAAGCCGACUCUUUUCGGAAGCACUUUCCCAAUGUGCCUUUGCUUGGUUUCUUCGGAAAUGGCGAGAUUGGCUGUGACCGGGUAGUGGGCGGAAGUUUUACACUGCGAGAAUGUAACGGUGAAAAGGACAACCUUUUACAUGGGUACACAACAGUGAUGACACUGCUUCACCUUGGACCAUCAAAAUAGUGUCCACUGUUCCCAACAGAAGUAGCAGAUGGAUUCUGAAAUUCUGUUACCAAACCUAUACAUCAGGGUUCUCUACAUUACUGCCAGCAAUGUGGGCUAAUGUUUGCCAGUCACCUCAUGUGAUGUUGCCUCAAAUUAAGAAAUGGUUCCUUUGUCAAGUUCUAAUAACCCUUUUUCAGUGGCUUUAAUAAAUGUGAUGCCUUUAUUGCUUUCAUAGAAAUAAGCUGCCACCAUUAUUCUCAAAGUGUCUGUAUGACUAUAUGUACAGUAUAUCAGAUAAAUUGCUUCUAAGAAUAUAUAAUGGUAUAAGUAAUGAUUAGAGAGAGGUAGAGAUGGGGAAAGUAAAGAGCACCUAUUUUCCACCUAAAAAAUGUGUGAGAAAUGUAAAACUGAUGAUUUCGAUUAGAAUACAAAUGCUUACUAUC